AUGAAUCUUUGGUACUAUAUUAGAGAAUAUAUCAUUGACCCUUUGUUUUUGGCAAUUCAAAUCAUCGGAGUUGUAAUCGCUUUCCCAUUUAUAUGUCUUUUCUAUUACUUUUCAGAUUGCUUCUGCUGCUGCUGUGGUUCUAACAAUACCCACUCAGGAGAACCAAACUUACCUUUUGAAAUUGAUUAUCCUUAUUACAACGUCCCAUGUUUUACGAAAUGUGAGCUGGAUGAAACUUUCCCUCCUCAAAAGUACAGUGAUGUUAAGAAGUUACUACCUCUCGCUAAUACCUUUCGCUAUACUUCAUCCCCAUUACAACAACAGGCACUGCCUACAAUAUCUGCACAGCCAAGUACAGAGAGUUUUAAAGAUAUAACCAACACAAGCAUCAAUAACACAGAAAAUACCGCCGAUAAUGGCAACAAUUCGGAACAAAGCACCGAUAAUAACAACAAUGCGGAAAAUAACUCCAACCACACACAAAGAAAUAGUGUUCUUUCUAACUCGACACUAAUCACUCUUCCAGAAAAAGCUCAUAUUCGAAAUGGUUCUGGUCGUUCAUUCUGUUCAUCUUCCACAGGAUGCUUAACACAUAAUGUUUCAGAUCAUAUUGAAAUCCCACAAAUAAAUAAUGACAACACCCCAACUGCCAAUAACAAUGGUAAUAUUACCAAACACAUUAGAACCUCAAGCUCAACCGAUCCAUUGUAUUGGUUAGACUUAGAAUAUGGUUCAUAUAAUCCCGAAAAUCCCGAUCUGAUAACACCCACUUUAUCACGCACCGAAUCUAUGCUACGUUCAUUCAUCAGCACUUUUAAUAACGUUUCAACCAAUGGCGAAGAUUCAACUAUAAAGCCGGAUUCUUUAAAUAACACUGAAUUAAAUGGUAAAUCAAGCACAAAGACAUCUGAUAGAAACACUGAAGAUGAAGAAAAUAAGCCAUGUUGUGCAAUUUGUCAAGAAGAUUUUGAAGGGAAAUCUGGUGAAAGCGAUGCCAUUGUUCGUGUACUCCCAUGCCACCACAUCUUUCACGAUGAAUGCAUUACACCAUGGAUUUGCACUUGCAAAGCUACUUGUCCAAUGUGCCAACUCGAUCUUACUAGCAACCGCAAUUUGAUUGAGCAUUUGCUGUAA